UUGUUACCAAAUUAGAGCGUCACCUCUUUCCUUCCCCUCCCUUCCUCCUUUAAAGCUCCAUAGACAAAGCUGGAGCGUUCUCUCUCUAGCUCUGUCCUCUUCUGCGAACGGUAGCUGAAGGUUGAUUACCACGCAACGACCCACAGGCUGCCCAAAAUGUAUUUUGGAGGUGGAUAUGGAUAUCAUGGGACCUCAUUUGAGCAAACAUAUCGCUGUUACCCUGCAUCUUUUAUUGAAAAGCCGCAAAUUGAAAGCGGUGAUAAAAUUAUAAUGCCUCCCUCUGCCCUUGAUCGCCUUGCAUCUUUGCAUAUUGAUUACCCUAUGUUGUUUGAGCUUCGUAACAAGGAGACUGAGCGGGUCUCUCACUGUGGGGUUCUUGAGUUCAUUGCUGAAGAAGGGAUGAUAUAUAUGCCAUAUUGGAUGAUGGAGAACCUGCUCUUACAAGAAGGAGACUUUGUGCAAGUCAAGAAUGUGACUCUUCCAAAGGGAACAUAUGUUAAAUUGCAACCCCACACAAAGGAUUUCUUGGAUAUUUCCAAUCCCAAAGCAAUCUUAGAAACCACACUGAGGAGUUACUCCUGUUUAACCACUGGGGACAGUAUCAUGGUUGCAUACAACAACAAAAAGUAUUACAUAGAUAUUGUAGAGACAAAGCCAUCUAAUGCUAUAAGUAUAAUCGAGACAGACUGUGAAGUUGACUUUGCUCCUCCAUUGGACUACAAAGAACCUGAAAGGUCUGUGGCGCCUGUUGCUCACAGCAAGGCACCUGCUGAAGGUGAAGAGGCGUCAGCUGAUACUGAACUGAAAUUCAACCCUUUCACUGGAGUAGGGAGACGUUUGGAUGGGAAACAGUUGCAAUAUCAGCCGCUGCCUGCUUCAACCUCUACUUCUAGAGACAAGCAACCUGCUGUUGCCAGUGGUAAUGGGCAGGCUCCUGCUGGUUCCAACUCGCGAAGUUCAGCAGCACGACAGGCUCAGGGAAAGCUUGUGUUUGGAUCGAACCGCAACACUCCUAAGGAAAAGCAAAAGGAAGUCCCAAAGGAGACCAAACAGGAGGAACCCCAGAAAGAGGAGCCGAAGUUCCAAGCAUUUACUGGGAAGUCUUAUUCCCUGAGGGGUUGAUUGGGGUCCUAACUCGGACCAUGGACAAACUUAAAAUCGGGAAUUUGCCUCACUGUGCUUUUGCCUUGCUCUUUUGUAUGAAGCCUGAGAAUAUGGGCGAAGGAGCUUUACCUAUUUGCACCCUCACUCGGCCCUGUUCGGAUAUGUUGGGUAUGGUGGAAUGGAAUGGCUGUAUGCAUACUGAAAAUAAUGAUUCUUAUGUAGGUGAUUGUGAAUAUUUUUAACAUUACAAGUUAUAACAUUAAAAUCAUGGUUUUCCUGAUUGACA